GCACUGAGUUGAAAUAUGCGCACAUUUCAGUGAUACUCCUGUAGUUUCAAUGCGAGUGAACAGCUCGUUGCAGAGGAGCAACUUAACUUUCAAUUUCGAUUUAAUUCAGGAAAACAUGGAGUCUGUCUGAUGUUUGAAGGCUUAAUUUGGUCUAAAACAAACGCUUCGUAAACAAUUUAAGAGCAGUAAAGGAGAUUUCCGAAAGCAAGAGAACGUUAUAGGCCUACUUUAUAUAACCGGGACACCUCGACUGAACGCUUCGGUUUGCGCCUGGCGUCACCAUUACUUCUCUGGCAGACUGGUACAGUCGUUGUUGUUACCAGAUUAUCAGCAUGUUGGAAGAAUCGGGGCCAGAGUGGUUGUCUGCGGAGGUGAAAACCGGGACAACCAUCAUUGCCAUAGAGUUUGAUGGAGGGGUCGUGCUGGGGUCUGAUUCCCGAGUGUCUGCAGGGGCAUCAGUGGUGAACAGGGUGAUGAACAAGCUGUGUCCCCUCCAUGAUAAGAUCUACUGUGCUCUGUCAGGCUCUGCUGCUGAUGCUCAGACCAUCGCUGAGAUAGUCAACUACCAGCUCGAUGUCCAUAGUACUGAGAUAGAUGAGGACCCCCAGGUUUGCUCAGCUGCAACUCUGGUGAGGAACAUCUCGUACAAGUACAAGGAGGAGCUGUCUGCACAUCUCAUUGUGGCCGGCUGGGACAGAAGAGAUGGAGGACAGGUGUUUGCAACCCUUAAUGGUCUCCUAACAAGGCAGCCAUUUGCAAUUGGAGGCUCUGGCAGCUCAUAUGUUUAUGGGUUUGUUGAUGCUGAGUAUCGCAGGGGCAUGAGCAAGGAGGAGUGCCAGCAGUUUGUUGUCAACACUCUGUCUUUGGCAAUGAACCGGGAUGGCUCCAGUGGUGGUGUGGCUUAUAUCGUCACCAUUGAUGAACACAGCACAGAGGAGAAAGUCAUUCUUGGAAAUGACUUGCCCACCUUCUUUGAUCAGUGAUAUAUAUACAGUUUUUCAUCGCUAGUUUGCCAAGCCACUGUCAUGCAUAAUGCAAUUAGAUUUUGUUUUGCUCACAAUAACCACCACGCUCACACUUUUUGGCUCAUCUGUCAACUAAUUCAGCUUGCAAACUAAAAAAAUAUUGGACAAGGGUAUAUUUACUAAUAAUUUAAACAUCCUUGCAUUGCUCUGUGAUUCCCAGAGCUAUUUCAAGUGUAAUAAGGCAGCCUUUGUGUUUGUCAGUAAUUUAGAGACUGCUAGCCCUCUCAAAUCAUCAGAUAUAUCUGAUCAAGUUUGUGGCUUAAAAAAAAACAAGACACUGCUCAUCAACUGUAGUCAAACUGUCAAACUAGGCAAUGCUGAUCAAAUAUAAAUCAAGAUUCCGUUACUGCCUAUUUCUCAGGCAGUGAUGUUUUCAGAAACAUGCUUCAGCGUGCUGUUUAGCUGUAAAAUAAGAAAGUUGGCCCAGGCGGUGGGUGGCUCACCAUCUAUCACAAACUGUCACAUUUUACAGCUAAAGAGUGCACUAAAAUAUGUUCUGGAAACUCUGAGGCGAGAAUGCAGUAACAAAAUCUCGAUUCCUAUUUAACCAGCGCUGCUUAGUUUGACUGCACAAGAGCAGUGAUUGACAAUGACUGACAGCUGCUUGAGAGACUCCUCGGCUCUGAAUGGUUGUUUUUGGUGUGCCAGGUAGAUUCUAGCAAAUGCCAUUAGAAGCAUAGGAAGGAGAGGAGGGGCUUGAUUUUUUUCACAAAUUAUCUGCUGGUUAUUUUCAAAAAAGUUACCAACUGUAGCUUUAAGAGACUCUGACAUUGGCAAAAAAGAAUCUUACAGGCCACCUUUAUUGAUUUUUCUGCCAAGGAAAAACUACUGAGACAACAUGCCUGCAUGUAAUUCUGUCAGCAUACGACAUGGAAACUGUCACUGUGUCUAUCAAGUGGUGUUUUUCUAGCCACCAGGUCAUCAGAGGCCUCUUCCUUUCAUUAAACUUGUUGCAAGGCUCAUCAAACAGUCAAGGAGGCUGCACUACCAAUUUAUGUUUUAAUGGGCCCGAGUGGCAGAGUAAAAAAAAAAAAAAAAAAGUAAAUUUGACAAAA